CUAGAAUUUUCUAAUGAAAUAUUUACUAACACUUCUUUUUUUCUCACUUGUCCUUGGAUAAUAAGUGCCAGAGGAGAAUGGAGUUUUAAUAUUGAGCGAUUAAAAUUUUGAAUAUGUUCUGAAGAAAUAUGAAUUUGUAUUAGUGGAUUUCUAUGCUCAUUGGUGUGGACAUUGUCAUCAUCUAGCUCCAGUGUUUGCUUCAUCUGCAAGAUAAGUCAGGAAUCAAAAUGUUCAAUUUGCUAAAAUCAAUUGUCCUUAAUACGAACAUUUAUGUAGAAAAUAUUAAGUAACUGGAUUCCCAACUUUAAAAUUAUUUGGUGAUGGUCAAUUAUUGAUGGAAUACCAAGGCGAUAGAACAGAAAAAGCUAUUGUUGAUUGGAUGAGAAAGAAAACAAAUAAGGGAUCUGUUGAAGCCAAAUCAUUAGAUUAAUUGAAGAAGUUCUCAGAAUCUCCUAAUUUAGUUAUGGUAUUCUUCGGUGAAUAGAAAGAAUCAUACGAAUUCAUGUAAUACUAUUAAUUCUCACAAAAGAAUAAACAUAUCCCAGCUUUGCACACAUUUAACUAAAACUUCGCUAAUGAGAUGAGAGCUUAAGUACCCAGCAUAGUUGUUUAUAAACCAUAUGAUGAAAGAAAAGCUGCAAUUUUUGAUAAUUUCGAGAUUUCUUACAUAGAAUAAUUUGUCAAAAAACAUUCUUAUCCUGUGUUGAUGAAUUUCGACAUUUAAACAGCAAAAAGAAUAUUCAAAGGGGAUUAACCAACUCUUAUCUUAGUGUAAAAUUCUUAAACAAGUCAAGCUGAAAAGCACUUAAGAUUAGCUUUAUCUAAAAUCAAAGAUUAGAUUCUUAUUUGCAUAGCUAAUACAGACAACAAAUAUGGGUUGAGACUUAUGCAAUAUUUUGGAAUUUAGAAUGAUUACCUCCCUUAGAUUGUGGCAUUUAAUCCAAUCUCAGACAGCUUUAAUUUAUUAAGUGAAAUUACAAAGGAUGGAAUCAUUAAUUUUACAUAAUCAUUUUUAGGACUUCAAUAGCGUUCAUAAAAAUCAGACUUAUGA